AGUAUGUGUUCUUCUCAGGUUUACUAUUUCUCAAGAUCUUAUAAUAGUGGUCUUAUACAAUAUUUGUCCUUUUGCCUCUGACUAAUUUCGCUCAGCAUAAUGCCUUCCAGGUUCCUCCAUGUUGGGCCUCACUUUUGUCAUCUGUAAAAUAAGGGUGAUUAUGAUAGCUGGUAAUCUACUUCUAUAAGAUUACAGCCAUUGAAAAUCCAGUGAAGUGCAGUUCUACUCUGAAGUACAUGGGGUUAGCCAUGAGUCAGAGGUGAUUCAAUAGCAACAAGUCUGGAUUUUUUUUUUAAUAGUAGAAUCUGCCUCAUGGGAUUGUCGUGUAGAUUAAAUGUGUUAAUAUUUAAGUGUACCUUGCACAUAGUAGUGCUAUAUGUGGCUGCUAAAUAAAUACUCUGCUAGAAAAUCAAUGCCAUUUCAUUUUUUAAAUCCCCAAAGGACUAUUUUUUUUAAUUGGCAAGCUGAUUCUAAAGUUUAUUUGGAAGAGAAAAUGCAUAUGACUUUUCCAAAAAAAAGCUGAUAAAAGAACAUUAACUAGGGUGGAUAUGAGAAUACAUCAGAUCCUCACUUUUCACAUCUCUGCUCAAUUCUGACCCCAGAUGCAUAUGCACCACCCAGUGCUGGGUCAGAGCUUAUAAGUUAUAGGGCACAGGCCUGUAUACUGCAAGUCUGCCUAAGAUCUCAGAUGCCAGCUGCAAGCUUGAGAGUCCCCAGGUCCCCCCUCACUUCUGACCUGCUGGCUCCCACUACUGCCUUGGGUUUGAUAAUUCUCUAGAAUGAAUCAGAGAACUCAGAGUUAAUGCUAUACUUAUGAUUACAGUUUUAUUACAGAAAAAAGGAUCAAAUGAAGAGACACAUAGGACGAGGUCUACGAAGGUUCCCAAUGCAGAAAUUUCACAUCCCAAAAAGUGCUGUGCUACCCUCCCAUGUACAUCAAUGUGUUUCACCAACCAGAAAGACCCUGGAGCUUCCAUGUCCAGAGCCUUUAUUGGGGCCUCAUUACAUAGUCAUGAUUGAUUGAAUCAGCCUACAUUCCUUGAGGUCAGCUGAUAUCACAUGAUGGUCUUUCUGACUUGGCCAACCCCCACCUGAAUCACCUAAUUAGCAUAAACUCUCAGGUGUGGAGUGGAGGCAUAGAUAAAAAAGGUACUUCAGUUACUCAGAAAAUUCCAAGAAUAAAGACCGAAUUACUUUGGGUAAAGUUAAUGGAAACCUCACAGGAGGCUUGCCCUAUUAUAGUGCUACAGAGAUUAAACAGUGUGGUAGGCAUAAAGACAGAGGCCAACAUAUUGAAGGAAAUCCAGGAGUUUACUAAGCUAGAACUCACAAACCCUAUCCUAGAAACAAAGUUCCUUCUAGGAAACAAGUUACUGAAAAACUUUUUCCUAAAUUAUAUUCUCUGUAUACAAAAUGUUGUGAUAAUUUUGUUAUCUUCGGACACAGAAAGAAUUCCAGAUUUUUUUUUUUUUUAAAUGAGCUAUCUUUUUGCUUGUUGAGAGAUUUCUGGGCCUCGCAUAAUUAUCAAGAGGAAAUCUGAUUGGAAAAACAUUGAGGGAAUGGGAAAUAGGCAAGGAAAAAUUCCUGCCAUUACCACUGACCAAGGAUACAGGUGCAAGUCUGUUUAGUUCAGGAAUACCAAGUAUAGCACAUUGUCUCCCUCUCUUUUGUAAUUACAGUACAGAAGAAUUUAAUAGACUUACUGGCUGUAAGCAAAGAGUGUCCCAUUUCAAGCUCCUUCUUCAGAUAAAGACAAACCCCAUGAGUUACAAGAAGUUUUGGAUCUGUUUGUCUUCUACUUAAAUGAGAUGCUCAAAAAACAUGUAAUACCAGCAAUUGCACGUUAAAACAGGUUUCUUGAACAAUUCUGGAAAGCAGGACACAGUAAAAAAAAGAAAAAAACAGUGAUUGCUUAUAAAGCAAGUAGUUUGUUUUCUGGGACCUGUUGGAAAAAUAACCAACGGGUAGGCUGGAGGAGAGCAGGUAUUUUUAUAUGAUGCUGCUCUAAAGAGUCUCCUGUUUUUCUACUCCAAGAAAGAUGCUGAAAUUAGUGCACAUGCCAUGCCACUGAAAUGCAGAAAGGAUGCAGAGUUCCUUUUGUUAUCCCAGAAAUAAAUUACAUUGCUCCAUUACCCUAUUUCUAUGAGUUUAAUUUCAGUGGAAGGUCUGAGUUACUUUCUGGCCUGAUUUAUAUGUUUCUGGCGAUCAUUUUUACAAAAACCCUUUCCUGUAGGUCUCGUCACUUCAUCCUGCUCCUCUCUGAAAUGACUUUUAACUUUGUUGAAAAGAUUGUGUUUGGGCAUCAGCUGUCCCAAUAGACUAGAUUUUCCCUGGUUUGUAUGUUUUGAUAGGUCCAGCCAACCCUCUGCAGCUAUGAACUCCCUGCUGAGGAACUGGCUGGGAGACAAAGAAAUGCAAAACAGCAAGAGAAUCAUCAUGUGAGCACAGAGCUUUUGGCAGCCUGGCUGAAAUGAGACCAUAAUCCUUUUUGGAAAUCAGUCUACGAGGGAACUAUUCACAAUAAACACGUUAAAAGCGUGAUGUAGUAUGACCGAAAAGGAAUGUGAAUUUUUCUCCAGGACAUGCAGAGACCCGUGGAUGAACUGUGUUUCUAGAUUCUUGUUGCAGCUUUGCCGAGAGUCAAAAUGAGCAAGAGGCACAUCAGUGCGAGUCAGCAAACAUGGGCACUUCUUUGCAAGAACUUUCUUAAAAAAUGGAGGAUGAAAAGAGAGACUUUGUUGGAAUGGUUUUUCUCAUUUCUUCUAGUACUGUUUGCUUAUCUGUCUUCCUCACAUUUGCACCAAGUGAAUGACUUUCCUCAAAUGUCUGCCAUGGAUCUGGGACGUGUGGAUACUUUUAAUGAUUCUGAUUAUGUUGUUGCAUUUGCACCCGAAUCCAAAACAACCCAAGAGAUAAUGAACAAAGUGGCUUCAGCCCCAUUCCUGAAAGGAAGAACAAUUAUGGGAUUCACUGAUGAAGAAAGCAUGAAUGAACUGGAAUUAAACUACUCUAUUGAUGCAGUGAGAAUUAUCUUUAAUGAUACUUUCUCAUAUCAUUUGAAGUUUUCCUGGGGACAAAGAAUCCCCAGGAUGGAGGAACAUAGAGACCAUUCAGCUCAUUGUCGUGCAGUGGAUGAAAAAAUCACAUGUGACAGUUCAAAAUUCUGGGAGAAAGGUUUCAUAGCUUUUCAAGCUGCCAUUAAUGCUGCUAUCAUAGAAAUUACAACAAACCAUUCAGUGAUGGAAGAGCUCAUGUCUGUUACUGGGAUACAUAUGAAGAUAUUACCUUUUGUUGCCCAAGGAGGAAUUUUGACUGAUUUUUUCAUUUUCUUCUGCAUUAUUUCUUUUUCUGCAUUCAUAUACUAUGCAUCAGUCAAUGUUUGUCAAGAAAGACAGUCCAUUAAGGCAGUGAUGACAACGAUGGGCCUUCGAGAGUCAGCAUUCUGGCUCUCCUGGGGUUUGAUAUAUGCUGGUUUCAUCUUUAUUAUAGCCACCUUGAUGGCUCUUAUUGUAAAAUCUGCCCAAAUUGUUGUCCUGACUUCCUUCAUGGUGGUCUUCAUACUAUUUCUCCUCUAUGGCCUGUCUUUGAUAACUUUAGCUUUCCUGAUGAGCGUGUUGAUAAAGAAACCUUCCUUUACUGGCCUGGUCAUGUUCCUUCUCACUGUCUUUUGGGGGACCCUGGGAUUUACUGCAUUGUACAGACACCUUCCUGCAUUUCUGGAGUGGACCUUAUGUGUUCUUAGCCCCUUUGCCUUCACUGUUGGAAUGGCCCAGCUUAUACAUUUGGACUAUGAUGUGAAUUCUAAUGCCCCUUUGGAUCCUUCAAGCAACCCAUACCUAAUAGUAGCUACUUUUUUCAUGUUGCUGUUUGAUGUGCUUCUCUAUAUGGCAUUAACGUUAUAUUUUGACAAAAUUUUGCCCAAUGAAUAUGGACAUCGGCAUUCUCCUUUGUUUUUCCUGAAGUCCUCUUUUUGGUUUCAACACCAAAGGGCUAAUCACAUGGCUCUUGAGAACGAAAUAGAUUUUGAUCCUUCGUCUAACAACUCUUUUGAGCCAGUGUCGCCAGAAUUCCAUGGGAAAGAAGCCAUCAGAAUCAAAAAUCUUACAAAAGCAUAUAAAGGAAAGCAUGAAAAAGUAGACGCUUUGAAAGGUCUGACAUUUGAUGUAUAUGAAGGCCAGAUCACUGCCUUCCUUGGUCACAGUGGAGCUGGAAAAACCACGCUGUUAAAUGUGCUCAGUGGGCUGUCAGUUCCAACAUCAGGUUCCGUCACCAUCUAUAAUCGCACACUUUCAGAAAUGGCUGACUUGGAAAGCGUCAUCAAGCUGACUGGAGUGUGUCCACAAUCCAACGUGCACUUUGGCAUUCUCACAGUGAAAGAAAAUCUCAGGCUGUUUGCAAAAAUAAGAGGCAUUCAGCCACAGGAAGUGGAUAGAGAGGUACGACGAGUUUUACUGGACUUGGAGAUGGAAAAUACUCAAGACAUCCUUGCUCAAAAUUUAAGUGGUAGACAAAAAAGAAAACUAACCUUUGGGAUUGCCAUUUUAGGAGAUCCUCAGAUUUUAUUAUUGGAUGAACCGACUGCUGGAUUGGAUCCCCUUUCAAGGCACAGAAUAUGGAACCUCCUGAAGGAGCGAAAAUCAGAUCACGUAAUCCUCUUCAGCACCCAGUUCAUGGAUGAGGCUGACAUCCUGGCUGAUCGGAAGGUGUUCAUAUCCAAUGGGAGCCUGAAAUGUGCAGGCUCUUCUCUAUUCCUGAAGAAGAAAUGGGGCAUUGGCUACCAUUUAAGUUUGCACCUGAAUGAAAUGUGUGAUCCAGAGGGCAUUACGUCACUCAUUAAACAUCACAUCCCCGAUGCCAAAUUAACAGCACAAAGUGAGGAAAAGCUUGUAUACGUUUUGCCUUUGGAAAGGACAAACAAAUUUCCAGACCUUUACAGGGAUCUUGAUAGAUGUUCUAACCAGGGCAUCGAGAAUUAUGGUGUUUCCAUGACAACUUUGAAUGAAGUGUUCUUGAAACUAGAAGGAAAAUCAGCUAUUGAAGAAUCAGACAUUGGAAUUUGGAGACAGGUACAAAGUGAUGGGGCAAAAGACAUGGGAAGCCUUGUUGGCCUGGAACAAGCUUUGUCUUCUCUCAGUGAAUCAAGGAAAGAAAUCAAUGGCAUGUCUCUCUGGAGGCAGCAGGUCUGUGCAAUAGCAAAAGUUCGCUUCCUAAAGUUAAAGAAUGAAAGAAAAAGCCUGUUGACCAUGUUGUUGCUUUUUGGAAUUAGCUUUUUCCCUCAGCUUUUGGAACAUCUAUUCUAUGAACUAUAUCAAAAAAGUUAUUCUUGGGGGCUAUCUCCUGAUAUGUACUUCCUCUCACCAGGACAACCACCACAAGACCAUCUGACUGAUUUAUUGGUCAUCAAUAAAACAGGGUCAAGCAUUAAUAACUUUAUUCAUUCACUGAGGCGGCAGAACAUAGCUUUGGAAGUGGAUGCUUUUGGAACUAGAAAUGGCACAGAUGACCCAUCAUAUAAUGGUGCUAUCAUUGUGUCUGGUGAUGAAAGGGAUCACAGAUUUACAAUAACAUGCAAUACCAAAAGAUUGAAUUGUUUUCCUGUCCUCAUGGAUAUCCUUAGUAAUGGGUUACUUGGAAUUUUUAACUCUUCCAAACGUAUUCAGACUGACAGAAGCACGUAUUUUGAAGUGCACGUGAAUUAUGAGUUUGGAUUCCUAAGUAAUGCCUUCUUCUGGAUACCUGUGGCAACCUGUUUCACACCUUACAUUGCAAUGAGCAGCAUCAGCGACUACAGAAAAAAAAUUCACUCCCAGCUACGGAUUUCAGGCCUCUACCCUUCUGCUUACUGGUUUGGGCAGGCGCUGGUGGAUAUUCCUUUGUAUUUCUUGAUCCUCCUUCUGAUGCAAAUAUUGGACUACGUUUUCAGCCCAGAUGAGAUUAUAUUUAUAAUUCAAAACCUGUUAAUUCAGAUCCUGUGUAGUAUUGGAUAUGUUUCCUCUCUUAUUUUUUUGACAUAUGUGAUUUCAUUCAUUUUUCGCGAUGGGAGAAAAAACAGGGGCAUUUGGUCAUUUUGCUUCAUAAUUAUCACAGUCUUCACAAUAGUUGCUACUGACCUAAACGAUUAUGGAUUUCUAGGGCUACUUUUGUGCACCUUAUUAGUACCACCCUUCACACUGAUUGGCUCUCUAUUCAUUUAUUUUGAGAUCUCUCAUGACUCUAUGGAUUAUUUAGGACCUUCGGAAUCUCAAAUUGCAUUUCUGGCAUUGCUAAUACCUUACCUUCAUUUUCUUAUUUUCCUUUUUGUUCUGCGGUGUCUGGAAAUGAAUUUCAGGAAGAAUUCAAUGAGAAAAGACCCUGUGUUCAGGAUUUCUCCAAGAAGUAGUGAAAUUUUUCCAAACCCAGAAAAGCCAGAAGGAGAGGAUGAAGAUGUUCAGAUGGAAAGAGUGAGAACAGCAAGUGCUGUAACUGCCCCAGACUUUGAUGAGAAACCAGUCAUCAUCGCCAGCUGUCUACGGAAGGAGUAUGUAGGCAAAAAGAAAAACUGCUGUACGAAGAAGAAGAAAAAACUGGCCGCGAGAAAUGUCUCUUUUUGUGUUGGAAAAGGUGAAAUUAUAGGGCUGCUAGGACACAAUGGAGCUGGCAAAAGCACAACUAUUAAGAUGAUAACUGGAGACACAAAACCAACUGCCGGCCAGGUGAUUUUGAAAGGCAGCCGUGGAGAGGACACCAUCGGGUUCCUGGGGUACUGUCCUCAGGAGAACGCACUGUGGCCCAACCUGACGGUGAGAGAGCAUCUGGAGGUAUAUGCGGCCGUGAAGGGGCUGAGGAAAGGAGAUGCCAUGACCGCCAUUACACGGUUAGUGGAUGCGCUCAAGCUGCAGGACCAGCUGAAGGUGCCCGUGAAGACCUUGUCGGAGGGGAUGAAGAGGAAGCUGUGCUUCGUGCUGAGCAUCCUGGGCAGCCCGGCGGUGGUGCUUCUGGACGAGCCGUCCACGGGGAUGGACCCUGAAGGGCAGCAGCAGAUGUGGCAGGCGAUCCGGGCCACCAUCAGAAACACGAAGCGGGGCGCCCUCCUGACCACACACUACAUGGCCGAGGCCGAGGCUGUGUGUGACCGCGUGGCCAUCAUGCUGUCUGGGAGGCUCAGAUGUAUCGGUUCCAUCCAACACCUGAAAAGCAAGUUUGGUAAAGAUUACCUGCUGGAGUUGAAGGUGAAGCCCCCCGCACAGGUGGAGCCCCUCCAUGCAGAGAUUCUGAGGCUCUUCCCCCAGGCUGCUCGGCAGGAGAGGUACUCCUCCCUGAUGGUCUAUAAGUUGCCAGUGGAGGACGUGCAGCCUUUAUCCCAGGCUUUCUUCAAAUUAGAGACAGUGAAGCAGAGAUUCAACCUGGAGGAGUACAGCCUGUCUCAGUCCACCCUGGAGCAGAUUUUCCUGGAACUCUCCAAGGAGCAGGAACUAGAUGGUUUUGAUGAAGAACUUGAUCCCUCAGUGAAGUGGAAGCUUCUCCCCCAGGAAGAGCCUUAAAGACCCCAAACACUCAAUGAUGCUGUUUAAGCCUAAGAGUUUUUUUUAAGACAAUAUUUUAUAGCAUUAAUAUACCUUAUCUCAGAUAUGGUACAAAAUACUUUUGAAAUUCUUAUCAUAGUUUACUCAGUAAUAUUAAUUAUAGUGGAAGGAGAAAGGGUUGGGAUAAAGUCAGUGGGAGCCAUGAUAGGGUAUGGGAUUAAGGCAGACGGUGUAGCCUCUGUGUCUGUAACUGACUGACCAUGUUCUAUACAGCAUAACAUUUACAAAAACAUUUACUAUAGAAUUGUUUAUAUCUCUGAGGAUGAUACAGAGUUGGUUUAAUUUUCUCUGAGCUUCAAAAUAUUGAAUGCUUUCUUACCUUUUUUGGUUAGGCAAAGUGCAAAUGAAGACAUGUGCAGGUUUUGGGAGGAGUCAAUUGAUCACACGGCAACACAGUACUUGCUUUUUGUCAUUCACUUAUUUUUUUUUAAGUUUUCCUUGAUUCACUGAUCUUCCUUUUCUGUCAUUUUUUAGGUUUUAGAUGUCAAGUUCAUGUUUUGUCUGUUGGGUCUAUAAUGGAAAAUUGAAACUUGUUGACAUAAAUAAUUGCAGUAAGAAUUUGAAUGAUCAAGUUGAUAAAAAUUCUAAAAUAAAUAAAAUACAUAGCCAACAUUAAAUCUUGAAACAUAUUUCUGAUUUUAUAUGUUUUCUUUAGAUGCAAGGGUCUACUAUUAGGCAAAGCACUAAAACUUUAUCAUUCUUAAUUUCCUAUAAAGUUUUUAUAUAUGUUGUGGAAACCCUGGUGGCAUAGUGGUUAAGUGCUACAGCUGCUAACCAAGAGGUCGGCAGUUCAAAUCUGCCAGGCGAUCCUUGGAAACUCUAUGGGGCAGUUCUACUCAGUCCUAUAGGGUCGCUGUGAGUCAGAAUCAACUCGACGGCUCUGGGUUUGGUUGGGUUUUUAUAUAUAUAUAUAUAUACAUAUUGCAUCCUAUCCAACUAAGAACCCUGUAAAUGUGAAACCUUAAAAUAAUCACAAAAUAAUUGGACACUCUUAUUUAGGUAAGUUCUUGUUAUGGUUUCUAGCUAGUUGAACAUAGGAAGGAAGAUGUGUGAGGACCUUCACUUUGAUUUUAGUUGCUUCUACAACUAAAAUCUACAUUGUCCUAGUUUAUGAAAUUUUGUAUCUUCAUAGUUUAUGAAAAUACCACUGUCAACAUUUAGAAUACUCAUAUAUGACCUUGGGCAAAUUAUUUACUCUAGAAGAGCUCCAAAAUCCUUAUUUUAAGAAGGAGACAUUAAUACUGGACCUACUGACUCACUUGAUUUUCAUGAGACACAAAUGUGUUGUUACAAAUAAAGAUGUUGAAAA